UUAUUGUUUCAUCUGCAACGGUUCUGUCUCUCUAACCUUCCUUGUGUGUCUCUUUCUCUUUCUAUCCUAGAGCCAGGAAAAAUGAUUGGCUCCCGCAAAUUGGGAUUCAUUUCUGGAUCCUUCCUGCUGCUGACACUCCUCUGGUGUGACACAGCAUUGGGCAGGGCAUCACAAAAGCAGCAACCUCAGAAGGACCAGGAGGAGACUCAGGAAGAGGUUAAGGUGGAGGCCCUACCAUCACCAUUGCCGGAUCACACUGAAAAGGUUGAAGAUCAUCAUGAAAAGAACAACCCCAGCCUGGAAGAGCAGCCCUCUCACUCGAAAUGUUUACACUGUUGUGACUCUGGCAACCCCAUGUACCAGCCAAUGCCAAUGCCAAUGCCAAUGCCUCAGAUCAAUAUCACUAUCUUAAAAGGUGAAAAAGGUGACAGAGGAGAGCGAGGCCUCCAAGGGAAAUAUGGCAAAACAGGAUCAAUAGGUGCCAGGGGCCAUGUAGGACCAAAGGGACAGAAGGGCACAAUGGGGGCUCCUGGGGAUCGAUGUAAGAACCACUACGCCGCCUUCUCAGUGGGACGGAAGAAGCCCUUGCACAGCAACGAUUACUACCAGACGCUGAUUUUUGACAUGGAAUUUGUUAACCUCUACAGUCACUUCAACAUGUUCACAGGGAAAUUCUACUGCUACGUGCCGGGCAUCUACUUCUUCAGCCUCAAUGUGCACACUUGGAAUCAGAAGGAGACUUAUCUCCACAUCAUGAAGAAUGAUGCUGAGGUGGUGAUACUUUAUGCCCAGGUGAGCGACCGAAGCAUCAUGCAGAGCCAGAGCCUGAUGUUGGAGCUUCAGGAGCAGGAUGAGGUGUGGGUACGGCUCUUCAAGGGGGAGCGGGAGAAUGCCAUCUUCAGUGAUGAGUUUGAUACCUACAUCACCUUUAAUGGGUACCUGAUCAAACACAACGCCGAGCCGUAAGCCAGCUCCUCAGCCUCUUUCCCAGUGCCAUGGCCAGCACCUUCUCUCCUUGAUAUCCAAGCACCAGGCUGAAUCCCUCCUGAAAUGCCGUUCUUCUCCUGGACUACUGUUUCCACUCCAUCUACAUUCCACAGGAUUCUUACUAAAUGAAAAAUGCUAUCUGUUCCUAAAUUUUGCAAUGCCCUUUUGUGCAACUGUAGAAAACAUAUGAAAUUAUCAGGGAGGGGAACAUAUGAGAAUCAAGGACUGGGGAUGUCCUGCCUCCAACAGGAUACAAAUCCCUUAACAGCUUAGUAAUAUAACUGAGUUUCUCAGAAGAAAUAAUUUCCACUCCUGUUACUGGAACUAAUUAGCAAACAUUAAAAGGGUUACUAAAUA